GCACCUGUAGGGGGCAGCACAGCCACAAAUCCGCGGCCGAGCGCAGCAGAAGGAAGCAGGCGCUGAAUCGAAAGUCCUGAAUGAGUGCACCUUCAGAGGAAUAGUUGGUGCCCCCCUCCGCGUACAGUCAGGACUUUUGAAACCAGCUGGCCUCCGGUAAAGAAAAUGAAUGGAUCACUGCACCCUGCACGCAAAGUGGUGGACAUCAAACUGAAGCGAGGACCCGCAGGCCUGGGGUUCAACAUAGUGGGCGGUGUGGACCAGCAGUAUGUCAUGAAUGACAGUGGCAUUUAUGUGUCCAAAAUCAAAGAGGAUGGAGCGGCAGCGCUGGAUGGAAGACUCAAAGAGGGAGACAAGAUACUGGCGAUUAAUGGAAUCAAACUUGAGGACCGGACGCACAGCGCUACAGUGGAGCUGUUCAGGACAGCAGGGGAGGAUGUGGAGCUCCUGGUCCUGCCAAAGUUGCCCGCCCACAUGAACGGCCCCACCAGCUCACCGCCUGAUGGCGAUUCCUCCUCCUCCUCCUCCUCCUCCUCCUCUUUUGGAGUACUGGCUGCUCUACUGGGAGCUGCUGCUGUCCUUGCAUUCAUUGUCAUGCGGUUCCAGCCACAACUUAGGAAGCACUUUUAACAAUGCCGACAUUGUCUAUAUCGAUAUAUAUAUAUGUAUAUUUUUACGACCAAAAAACUUUUGCUGAAGGCCAAAGAAAGAAGAGGGAAUGAAUUUAAAAAAAAAUAGACCUUAUUUUGGAUUAGCAGGUGUUAAUGUCACGGAUAAGUUUCUCCAAGUUCAUGUUUAUUAUGUGAUAAUCAUAGCUGCUUGACUCCUAUGCAAAAAUGUCGCUCUCUUACUGUAGAGGUUACUUUAACAGAUAAACUUUGUGACUCUUACGAGACAGAAGAAGGAUGUGCACAUUACUUUUCCCUGCUAGUCUGAGCUGAGCUGAGCUCCUCGGGCAGCGGCGAGCAGGCACACCGCCUGCUAAAGAGGCUGCAGUAGAUUCUCGGGUCAAGCCAGACUCACUCAAGCCUCCGGGUCUCUCUAGGCGCAUUUGCAGACUGAAAGACGGCGUUGUGUUCAGCCGCUUGAGGGCCUCUCUCUGCCUUCAUCACUGAAUGGCAGAUCUGUCUGAACGGCGAUAGAGAGCGAACCCGCCGUGUUUUCAGGUUUUAGUGGUAGAGAUUCACAUGAUCGGGCAUGAUUUUUCACCUUGCACUAUUGCACAGAAUUGUGGAAGAAAUGGCAUUCAGUUGUGCUUCCUAUAUAUAUUAAGCUGGGGGAUGGAUAUGGAUAUUGCUGCAGUUUAUGUAAUUGUAAUGAAUUGUGUUCCAUAAUGGACUUUAGAGUGCCUUUUUGUCUUAUUUCAAGCAGUAAUGGUGUUCGGUUCUUGUUGCGCCUCGUCAUUAUCAGAAUGAAAAUCCAGCCUGUUAUGUUUUUGUGUUAAUUGUUUUCUGGGAUUCAUCCAUUACGUCUCACAGUCCCGUUCUAAUAACUAAUUAAUCCAAAGUCCAUUAGCCCGGAGUUGCCAAAGGGGAUUGCUUUGAAGAGUUUGGAUAUCAUUUUGAAGAGUCACACGGUCACUUAGGAGAGACUAUUGCAGCACAACUAUGCAAACAAAGCGUCCUUUAUGUCGUUAUGUGACUUUUUUGAUGUCACUCUGUCACAUUUAAAGCGUCUUUGAGAUGUAACCGUGUUGGUAUUACCAGUCACAACCCUGUGGCUUUCCAUAAAACAGGACCACGUAUCCGUUCACUCAUUUCAAAUUAAGGCCAGUGCAAGUGUCAAGCAAUUACAACACACCUUCUGCUAAAUCUCUCUGUCUUGUGGAUGAAUAUGGUAACGGGUGUAUUUUAUACAAAGGGAAUUGAGUUGUUCAUUUGGUGAAACCUGAUAGGCUUAUGGAGUCAUCAGCCAAGUGUCAAAGCACUAACAGCUUAAUACUGAGAAGCAAUUUGGAGCAACACAGCUGACGGGGGGAGGGAGGGCCAGUUUCUGAGGGAUAAUGUGUUGAUGUCAACAACUUCAUAUGUUUUGCACUAACCACAAUCAUGGAGCUCAUCCAGUAAUUGCCAUAGAGCAGAUGGCUGUAAGGGUGUUGUGUGUAUCGAGCUGUAUUUCCUCUCUCGUCAGUCUGCAGCAUAUCUGUCUGUCAUGUAAAUGUCUCUGAAUUUACCGGUAUGUGGCUUCGUUAUCUGUAAAUACAUGUCAUAUUGCUCUGCCUGACUGGGAUUGUGAAUAAGUAUACUUGCAGUAUGCCAAGAACAUAGAUCAGAAGCACUAAAUUAUGCAAAUACUAUGUGUUUGAUGUCCAAGCACCUAUUAAAAAAUUCAUGUUGAAUUCCU